AACGUAAAUAUUAGCAGAUACAGGAUAUACUUCCCCCUGCUACAUACCAUUCCUAGGACAAGGAGGACACCUCAAUACGUUUUCUACUUCUGGACAGACGGACAGAGAGGGAGAGUCCGAGAGAGAGUUGAAGUCAUGAGGACAGGCAAAGUUUGUUUAUGAUUAUCUCUAUCUUCGUGUCUUUCCAGAAUCUUUCCCUAUUGGGGGUACCUUUUUUCUAGCCCUCAUUUGCGUUCGUUUCGGCUCAGCCGCCUCUGAGCAUCGUGUUGCGUUCCAAUUCCGAGCUUGUGGGUAUCAGUAUUGAAUUUCUCUCAAGCUUUUUGGGGUUGGCACUCUCAAUCCACCAACAACAAUGAACAUGUACCCUGCUUUAUCUAUUCAAAGAUCAGGUCUUAAUCAGCUCAGUAACUUGGGGGCUUCUGGAGCUAUGUCGUCAUCUUUUCCUGCUCUCCCUCCCCUUCUUGAUGACAAGGAUUCCAACUAUACAGAUUCUUUUCAUGUUUCCUCAGGAAGGGAACCAAUGGAAAAUCCCAUUUCCACACAGGCUGCUUCGCUAGUUUCCAACAGCAGUAUUAUUUGUGGGCAAUUGCAUGCAUCAUCUCCUGGAUUGCGCCAUGAUGUUCAUUUUUCUUCAGUUUCAUGUCAUGGAAGGCAUCCCCAAGAUUCUCCAUUCAUUUCCCAAUCGUCAAUGGAGGAGGCAUCAUUUCCACCCUGCCAUUCUUCCCAGCUGGAUGCACAAUCUGCAGUGUUGAUUAACCACCUUGAUGGAAAUCAGGAUAUUUCCUGGUGUUCAUUUCCACUUCAGGAUAUCGUUACUUUUCCUGAAAAUGUCUCUGUUCAGAAUGGUCAGGUCGAAAGCAGUACUGGUGUCAUGAAAUCUGAGGACCAUGCUAGAACUGAUUUGGAGUGGGUUGAUAGAUGGAUUAACACCGACCUGGAGGCAGAUUGGAAUGAGCUUCCUGAUGUUAAUGUGGCAGAUCCUGAACCAAAGCAAUCCCAAAUCCAUCAGCAGCAGCAGCAGCAGCCGCCUGUACCAUCUGGUGAACUUUGUGGUGUUGCUAAUACAUUUUCCAAUGCACCCCCUUCAAAGUCCCGAAUGCGUUGGACACAAGAACUUCAUGAGGCCUUUGUGCAAGCUGUCAAUCAGCUUGGUGGUAGUGAACGGGCUACUCCAAAGGGUAUAAAAAAUCUCAUGAAGGUUGAGGGCCUAACAAUCUAUCACGUAAAAAGCCACCUGCAGAAAUAUAGAACAGCCAGAUACAAACCAGAUUCCUCAGAAGGGACUUCGGAGAAAAAGUUAACUCCUACUGAAGAAUUAAAAUCCAUAGACCUUAAGGCGGGUAGGGGAAUCACUGAAGCCUUGAGGUUGCAGAUGGAACUUCAGAAGCGGCUACAUGAACAGCUUGAGAAUCAAAAGAAGCUACAAUUGGAAAUUGAAAAACAAGGACAGUAUCUUGAAGAAAUAUUUAAGGAGCAGAGAAGGAUGGAAGAUGGCAGGACUAAGGUCUCAGUGUCUACCAUGGAUAAUCCUUCUGCUCCAUUACCAAAUAUGGUGCAGCCAUCCCAUGUAGAUGACAAAUCAGAAACCUCAAAAGCAGAUCAAGUUAAAUCAGGACCUGGAACUAGUAGUGUCAACAUCACUCCUGAAGACUGCUCCUGGGAUGGAAGUAGGAAACACAAGGCACAUGAAAGCAGAAAUGCAGAAGAUCAAGAACCGGGUGAUGGUGACUCUAAUGCUACCCCAUCAAAGCGAGCAAGAGGAGAUCAGAUGGCAAUGUCAUCAACUGAAUCUUGAUCUGAUCGAAAACUUUUCCCGUAGCAUUUUGCUGCCCCUGGAGCUCAGAGAUAGGCCUGGAUGGCAGGUAUAAAGAGCCGUAGGGUGGAAGAUGCCAUCAGAAGCCAGAUGCUUUCAGAACUUAAGGAAUUAUUCUUCAUUUUUUAAAUCAUGACUUGUUCUUCAUUUAACCCAGACGACAGUUCUAGUUAUGAUGAUUUGUUAGGGCUAAACGCAUAAGAAACAGAUUUUCUGUUUUAUAUACUUAAUUGAAAGAAAAAAGAAAGGACAGGACAGAAAGAUUUGCCUGUAGAUUGUUCGCUUGAAGAAUUACAGCAACUUCUGGGAGUAUGUUGUCUUGGUAUGAUCUCUCACUGUAUAAUCUUUGUCAGAAGGUGACUUCAUAUCAUGUAAUGAUCCUUGGAAUUUUAGGGUUUAGAGUAUUAGAGAAACAAAUAAAGCAUGUCUCAUUUAAUGUUGUACAGAAAUAUGAAUGAAAAGAUAUCAAACUCUCUCUC